AUGGCAGCAAACCGCACGGCCGAUUUUGCACAACUGUGUCAACAUUAUGCGGCAUCAAAAGGUGGCAUUGCCUCUCAUAAACUUGUGCACACGCCACUCCAAGAAAACAUGCAGUUUAACGCCGCUGCCUCCGACAUUUCCAAGGAAGUUUAUCAAGCUUCCAAAAGAUUGCAGCAAUUAACACGACUGGUUCGACAGAAUAAUAUGUUUAAUGACCCGACCGAAGCAAUUAACGAGUUGGCAGCACUGGUGAAGAAGGACAUUACGGAUAUUAAUAUGCAGCUAGACAAUUUACAGGAAUAUAUGAAUAGCAAGCGACAAUCGGCACCUUCAAGACAAGCAGCAAAGCAUUCGGAUGCUAUUGUGUCGCUAAUGAAAUCCAAUCUUAUGGCUACGACUAGAGGUUUUAAGGAUAUUCUCGAGGUCAGGCAGGAAAAUAUGAAGCUCCAGCAAAGUCGGCGUGCUAGAUAUGGCAAGACGGCGUCGAGUGCAUUGGGAAAACCGCUGGCGUUUAAGGCGCCACAACCCUCGAGGAACAACACUAGCAGUCAACAGGAGGAAGUAAACGUGUCUAUCUCACUGCCACGUUUAGGAUGUGAUACGGACAAUGAGAACUUGGAGAUUCAACCUCUUAUUACUACCAUGACACAAGAACAAAUUGUGACAGAACAGCAAAAUUACACCGAGUCAAGAGCGGAAGCUGUGUCUCAAAUUGAAAGUCAUAUUGUCGAUAUUGGACAGCUCUUUGGAAGAUUAUCGACAAUGAUCAAUGAACAGGGAGAUCUCGUGCGAAGGAUCGAUGACAACGUUGAAGAUUCACUAGUGAACGUAAGCAGUGGCGAGCAGGAGCUGCUCAAGUAUUUUUCUAGUCUGUCGAACAAUCGACUGCUGGCACUCAAGAUCUCUGCUAUCUUAUUGAUCUUUCUCAUCUUUUUCAUGUUCUUCUUAGCAUAA